AAUAGAAACUGCAGUCAAAACACAAACAGAGCGGUCAACCUUGUGCCAGCGCAGGUACCUUACUCCUCAGCCCUCUCUCACGUGCACAUCCAUGUGGUGUGCCUUUCCUUUGAGAUCGUCAUUUUAUCACACAUAGCUCGACUGCCAGGUUAAAACCAGCGAGGACCGACGGCAGCAGAUCCGAUUUAGGACGAGCCUGACAAGUGUACGCUUCGUGGGGCCUUCGAGGCUGUCCUGUGGAUAGCGGGAGGCCAAACGGGACGACAUGGCAGAGUCUGACGGGAAAUCCAGCGCUACUAACGGUGUCGCUGAGAGUGAUAUCUCUGAAGAAACAGGACAGGAUACACUUGAUGAAGGAAAUGCCUCUGGGAGCAAAGGAGAUGAACAAACUGCCCCCAAUCAGCCGGGAGAAGGGUCUCGAGUCUCGGAGCCCUCUGCGCCUUCAGACGUCGAGUCAGGGGUUGGGGGAGAGGGAGGACACGAGGAGGAAGACACGGACAGCAUGGACGGCGGCGGCCUGUUCUCCCUGACGGAGGACGGCGGGCGGAAGCGCGAGGGCGCCAGGAGAGAGCGGGCGAGGGCGUCGGACGGCGCCCGGCGACCGGCAAGGAAGCGCAACCGACAGGCCCUCGUCCCCAACCGCUUCUCCACCACCGACGAAGACGAGGACGACGACGAGGACCACGAGGAGGAGGACGAGGAAGAGGAGGAGGAGGACGAGGAGGACGCACAGGCCAUGGAGAUGUGGCUGGGCUCGGACGUGACCGACCUGCGGGGCCCCACCUGGCGGGCGGUGCCCUCGCUGCGCUCCCGGGAGAUCGGGCGCAACUCGCAGCAGUUUGUGCGGCGGGUGUGCGGCGCCCGCGGGCUGGUGCAGCGGUUGGAGCUGCAGGGGCGGCUGGAGAGACACACGGGCUGCGUCAACACGCUGCACUUCAACCCGUCGGGCACGCGGCUGGCGUCGGGCAGCGACGACCUGCGCGUCAUCAUCUGGGACUGGGCCGUCCGCCGCGCCGUGCUGGAGUUUGACAGCGGCCACAAGAGCAACGUCUUCCAGGCUAAGUUCCUGCCUCACAGCGGCGACAGCACCCUAGCGAUGUGCGCGCGCGACGGACAGAUCCGCGUGGCCGAGCUGUCCGCCACACAGCGCUGCAAGAGCACCAAGCGUGUGGCCCAGCACAAAGGGGCCGCCCACAAGUUGGCCCUGGAGCCCGACUCUCCCUGUUCGUUUCUCUCGGCCGGGGAGGAUGCGGUGGUGUUUGGGAUCGACCUGCGCCUCGACCGACCCGCAAACAAACUCACGGUUGUGAAGGAGGGCGAUAAGAAAGUUGGGCUGUACACUAUCUUUGUCAAUCCUGCCAAAACCCACGAGUUCGCAGUGGGCGGCCGAGAUCAGUACAUCAGGAUCUACGACCAGAGGAAGAUCAACGAGAACGAUAACAACGGCGUGCUGAAGAAGUUCUGCCCCUCUCACCUGGUGUCCAGCGAGUCCAAGACCAACAUCACCUGCCUGGUGUACAGUCACGAUGGCACAGAACUGCUGGCCACUUACAACGAUGAGGACAUCUACCUGUUUGACUCAAGCCACAGCGAUGGAGCCGACUACCGGAGGAGGUACAAGGGCCACCGCAACAACGCCACAGUGAAGGGGGUGAACUUCUACGGGCCGUCCAGUGAGUUUGUGGUCAGCGGGAGCGACUGCGGCCACAUCUACCUGUGGGACAAGUACUCGGCCCGCAUCGUCCAGUUCAUAGAGGGGGACCUCGGAGGAGUGGUGAACUGUUUGGAGCCCCACCCCCACCUGCCCGGCAUGGCCACCAGCGGCCUGGACCACGAUGUCAAGCUGUGGACCCCCACCGCUGAGCAGCCCACUGGCCUCAAGGGCCUCAAGGAGGUGAUGAAGAAGAACAAGCGGGAGCGCGACCAGGACAGCGUGCGGCACGGCGACCAGUACGACACCCAGCUGCUGUGGUUCCUGAUGCGCCACAUGAGGCACCGGCGGCCCCAGAGGGCUCGUCGAGAGGGGGCCGAUGGUGACACGGACGAAUCCUGGAGCUCUCCAGACUCGUCGGACGAAGAAGACGGAGGCCCAGAUCACGUCCAGUGCAUGUCUUCUUGAGCCACAAGCGCGUAGUAACGAAAGCGCACACACGCACACACACACACACGCUCAUACUUUGUUGCCCUUAGAAAAUCAAUGCUUACGGGCAAGCACUAGCGACACACUGGCACACACGACAAUUUACCAAACGCUUUAUGCACACACACACACACACACACACACACACACACACACACACACACACACACACACACACACACAAAGAGUUAGUUUUCCUGCUAGAGGUGUACAAAACAGGCGACUUCUAGAUGGCAUAUGCAAUUAACAAAUCCUGUCUGUUUUGGUUUUUUUGUCAACAAUCCUAUUCGACCCCCUAUAACGAAAUCAUUCGGGAGGUCCUGUUGUAUGUCCAUACAUAUUUCUUAUACUCCUGCCAAAUACCAACAACGAUAUACUGUGCAUGUAUGAACAGACCAACACCUCCAUUUAGGGCACCUUUUCGGUAGGCUGCGACAUCACCAGCACCCCCCGUCUUUAAGUCCGGGUAACCCCCAGCUACCCCUUGAUGAGGAGGGUUAUGUACAGUAUUAGGCUUGGGCAGAAAGGAAGGCCUUGGACUCGUCGUUUGGAACGUGUACCAAUAAUGUGGCGCAUCUUCUAAUUUCUCGGCUGAUGUAGCUCCAUUUGCUUUACAAUUUUGUCUUUUUGCAUGGGCGCAGAAUGUCCCUCCCACCCCCAACCCCUACCUGAAUAACACAAACAAUUAACGGCACUGUUGCUGUACUGUGGCUCGCUCACUCGCGCUCUCUCUCUCUCUCUCUAGCUCUCUCUCACGUUUUGUAGCCCCCCCCCCCCAUCUAGUGUAUUUUGAAAUCAGGGAUGUCGAAGAUUGAAACGCAGACAAAACAAACAGUGCACUUGGGCACUCGGACGUGGGGGGGGGGGCUUGGAGGGAGCAACAACAUGCCAGCGAUCGUAACGCCUGUGCUCAUACUACCCCUUAGCUCCAGGAUUUCAUUCCGUAAAGGAUUAGUCGUAUAUUUUUCAGCUCGAAGCACAGAUUUCUACUGUCUGCUUUUUUUCUGUCUUUGUGAGUGGAGGGGUUAGCACUUAGCGUAUUUGUCCUUAGGAUGAAUUGAUAUCUGCUUCCAGCAGUGCUCUCUACCUACUUCUUCCCUCUCACUCAUCGUCCCCACACUUGGCCCUGGAUGCGAUCCUUCAGUGGGGCGGACAGACGUGGCUUGCAGUUAGGUCACUGCCUAUGAGCCAAGGGAAAAAAAUAUAUUGUUUGCACUUAAGUAACAAAUCUCUCCGGUUCAACUAAGGCAGUUUGUGAUGUGAUGAAGCCAGUUUAGAGAGAAUGGAAAGAAGGAUAAUAUGUAGGGGGAUCAUAUGCUUGCAAGUAAUUUUUUGUGUGAGCGAUAAGUCCAGCUUUAGUCAUUUUCUAUACUAAGUCUAGUAUAGUUAAAUUUCUAUGUACAUAUAUACAUAUAUGAUAAAACUGUAAAAAAGAAUACAAAAAAAGUUUGACUUCCUGAAUAUAAAAAAAAAACACAAGAUGUCAAAAAAAUUUGAUUGGUAUUAAUGCAGAGAUUUAUAUUCUAUAUGAGAGCAAAGUAAUUUUGAAAAUCGAAAGAGGAACAUGAGACAUUUUUAUUUUUCCUUUUACAGCACGCGUUCGUCUGUAUUGUGCAGUUGGAGCACACAGUUUGACUUUCCAAAUAGUUUUGGUUCCCUUUGUUGUUUAGGAACCAAUGUAUCUUUUUUAGAUCUUAAGCUGUUGGUAUAUAAAACAAAGUCAUAUUCAGAUGAUCCUGCUGGCUGUAUUUGUUUUGUUCUUGUAUACAUAUUUAGGCUCAUGAACAAGUUUCUUCCCAUCACUGCCUAAUCUUGCGUUCUGCCAGUUUGGUUUUGAAAAAAAAAUAAUGUACGAUUUGUGCAAUAAACAAAAAGACAGUGG